CCGUGCGCCAUGGUCACCCACAGCAAGUUUCCCGCCGCCGGGAUGAGCCGCCCCCUGGACACCAGCCUGCGCCUCAAGACCUUCAGCUCCAAGAGCGAGUACCAGCUGGUGGUGAACGCCGUGCGUAAGCUGCAGGAGAGCGGAUUCUACUGGAGCGCAGUGACCGGCGGCGAGGCGAACCUGCUGCUCAGCGCCGAGCCCGCGGGCACCUUCCUUAUCCGCGACAGCUCGGACCAGCGCCACUUCUUCACGCUGAGCGUCAAGACCCAGUCAGGGACCAAGAACCUACGUAUCCAGUGCGAGGGGGGCAGCUUUUCGCUGCAGAGUGACCCCCGGAGCACGCAGCCAGUACCCCGAUUUGACUGUGUACUCAAGCUGGUGCACCACUACAUGCCGCCCCCGGGCGCCCCCUCCUUCUCCUUGCCACCCACGGAACCCUCCUCCGAGGUGCCGGAGCAGCCACCUGCCCAGGCGCUCCCCGGGAGUACCCCCAAGAGAGCUUACUACAUCUAUUCUGGGGGCGAGAAGAUUCCGCUGGUACUGAGCCGACCUCUCUCUUCCAACGUGGCCACUCUCCAGCAUCUCUGCAGGAAGACGGUCAACGGCCACCUGGACUCCUAUGAGAAAGUGACCCAGCUGCCUGGACCCAUUCGGGAGUUCCUGGACCAGUACGAUGCUCCACUUUAAAGAGCGAAGGGGUCAGAGGAGGGCCUGGGUCGGUCGCCUCUCCUCCGCGGCACACGGCACAAGCACAAGAAUCCAGCCCCAAUGCUCGGUAGCUCCCAGUGAGUCAGGGGCAGGUAGGCUUCUUCCUCAGGCCCCUGGCUUUGCAAAGUGGGACAGACAGGACCUGGAAUGUGUGAGGGGAGGGGAAGUUGCCACCUGCUUUCCCACCCCCCAGCUCCUCUCAAGAGGAUCCAGUUGGCCGGUGGGACAAUCGCAUUGACAAGUGACUCUCCUCACCUCCUCCCUUCCUCCACACCCCCUCUGCUUCCCCAGGGAGCAGAGGGAGGGAGGGAGGACACCUCCGAGUGUUGAACUAAUGAGAACCGCAGGGGAAUCUUCAAACUUUCCCACGGAACUUGUUUGCGCUUGGAUUUGGCUGAAUCCUGAGCAGACGCCAGGCCUGGGGGAAAGAUGGAAGAGAAGAGGGCGUGCGGAGGGCUGGCUGCAGGCUGGCCAAAGAAAUGACCACUCCACUACCCAGCCUAGGUGAGGAGUGGUGGCUCCCGGCUCUAGGGAGAGAGGCAAGGGGUGACCUGAAGAGCGCCAUUCUGGUGCCAGGCUCCUCUCCCUUGGGGCAGCUAGUGAAACCUCCCAGAGUCCUCCCGGUUGCAAAGAGUCAAUGGCAUGUGGGAGGGAGAUGGAUGGGGCUGGUCAGUUGGCCACCUUUUCCAACACCAGAGGGAGGCAGAUGAACAGAUGAGCCAUCUUGGAGCCCAGGUUUCCUUAGAGAAGAUGGGGGACUCUUUGUUUCUCCUAUGUCAGGCUGGGAGACUUGCCUUAAAUGCCCUCUGUCCCAUGGAUAGGGAUUGGCACAUGAGGAGCCAAUCACAGCCAACAGGCGGAGGAGCUGAGGGAUUCUCCAGUGGCUGCAGGCCAGAGGAAGUGGGUGCAGGGAGGAGACCCUGAGUGGUCCCUGGGAAGAAUUUGGCCAGUCCUAGGCACCGCACCUCUUGGUCAGCGGAAUCAGCCGGUCCCAGGGCCCUCCAGGUCCUGCACAGCGCUCCCUUCUCACCUGGGGUGGGGGGAGGCAGGAGGUGAUGGAGAAACCUUCAUCUGCCACUCAACAGUGGCCACUCACAGGAAUGCAGCAGCCAUGGAAUUACCUGGAACUGGUCUUGUUUAGGGGAGAAACAACCAAGUUUUCUGAGUCAGGUAUGGGGCUGGGUGGGGCAGCUGUGUGUUGGGGUGGCUUUUUCUCUCUGUGUUGUUUUGAAUAAUGUUUACAAUUUGCCUCAAUCACUUUUAUAAAGAUCCACCUCCAGUCCGCUCCUCUCCCCAUUCAGGCCUUCGAGGCUGUUUGAAGAUGCUUGAAAAACUCAACCAAAUCCCAGUUCAACUCAGACUUUGCACAUAUAUUUAUAUUUAUACUCAGAAAAGAAACAUUUCAGUAAUUUAUAAUAAAGAGCACUAUUUUUUAAUGAAAA